AUGAAAAGAGAGCAAGGAAAUGAAUUACGACAAAACUCUCCUUCCGAAUCUCCUGAAGGACUUUUCCAAUUACCAGCUUACUACCCAUUGACCAAAAAGUUCAAAUCUGAAUUGCGUCAGCUAAAUCCUGCUAAGACGAUAGAUUCAGUCAUUAAGGAGACACGCAGCGCAUUGAUGGAAACACUUUUCGAAUAUAUUGAUAACCAGGCACAGCAAGGAAUUGAGCAGGUCUCAAAGGGUAACAUAGCAGCGGAGGCCUAUGAGAAAACCAAGAAAUUAAAAUACAAAGAAGAUCCCGUUCUGUUGCGAGGUAAGCGUGUUUUAGAAAAGUUGAAUCAAACUCGAAGACGCCAGGCCACCUAUCUCGCUGCCUUCCAAAAAGCACGUACAGAAAUACUAGACCGCCGUGAUCUGGAGCUGAGCCUAGAAGACCUUGAACGUUAUGCACAUAUGGAAGACAUACCGUCACAAGUGCACGAUCUGUACCAAGAAGUUUUGUCUGCGAAUGUGACUGAGUCAGCUUCUGCCAAUGAACUGCUUGUGAAGACUGAAACAACUGAGAUUGAUAAGAAACUUUUCGUGGCCAUCAAUCCAACCGAGCCUAUACCUUUUAAUGAUCAAGAGGAUGACGAUGAAAUAGAAGUAGGUGGUGGUAAAGUGAAUUUGACUUGUCCAAUCUCCCGCUUGAUAAUGAAGAAUCCUGUUAAGAACAAGAAAUGUGGACAUACAUAUGAUAAAGCUUCACUUGCUAAUUACAACUCGACCGAUUGCCCUGAGUGUGGAGCUACGAUUCAGAAAUCGGAACUUGUAGAAGAUACACUUAUGAAGAUUAGAAUAGCCUGCUACGAGAGAGACCAAAAACUUCGUGAGUUGUACAAAACAAAAGUGGAUGAAGACAUUGACCGCUUAUAA